AUGGAGUGUCCGAGCCGAUGCUUCCGGCUCGCCGUCGGUGUGCUCGUCUUGCUCGCGCGCCGGGACGCGUUAGCGGCGCUGCCGGUGGCUGCUGCUUCUGCUGCAGCAGCAACGGUGCCGGCGCCGCGAGGCAGCGUCGUCGCGGCGGACGUGGCGGCGUGCGACGCUAGGGGGAAGAGCCGCAAGGAGAGUCCCACGGCGCGGGCGGCCCGCCGCAUGGGCCUGCAUGUCAGUGGCUCAAGCGGGGAUGCCAUCGCGCAAGCACGCUCACUUGCUGAUACUGAGAGAACAGAUGCCAGAGAAUUAACAAAAAUAAACUCAGGGGCGGUUUCCAGAGGCUAUGAGAAGAAGCUCAGGAUUGCUGUGCCACGGAGGCAUGGUUUUAAAGCUUUUGUGAAUGUUACUCAUCCUAAUACUGAGAGACAAAAGGUCACUGGUUACAGCAUCGAUGUCUUCAAGACCUCUGUGGAGAAGCUACAAUAUCCUCCACAAUAUGAGUUUUGUGUCUUCGAUGGCACUUACGACGAGUUAGUGCACAAUGUAUCCAUAGGGGUCUAUGAUGCAGCAGUGGGUGAUGUGACCAUAACCGCUGAACGAGUCAGGGAUGCAGACUUUACAAUGCCAUACGCACAGUCUGGUUUGUCUUUGCUUGUGCUCUCUGAUAAUGACUCGAAACCAAUCCAAUGGAUAUUUUUGGAUCCAUUAACUAAGGAACUUUGGUUUGCUACUGUGGGCGGCUUCUUUUUCACUGGCUUUGUUGUGUGGAUGAUUGAAUGGCCCAGAAAUCUAGAGUUUCAGGGAUUAAGUUUGAGACAAUUCAGCAAUGCGUCAUACUUUGCUUUCUCCACUUUGACGUUUUCCCAUGAUCAAAUAAUUAGAAGCCCUCUGUCAAGAUUUGUUGUGGUGAUAUGGUGUUUUGUAGUGCUGGUUCUAGUGCAGAGCUAUACUGCAAACUUCUCAUCCAUCUUAACUGCAAAGAGGCUCCGGCCAUUGGUGACAAAUCUUGACCAGCUGGUGCUCAAUGGGGACUACAUCGGAUACCAACAUGGAGGAUUUGUGCGUUCCUUUUUGAUAAAGCAAGGUGUCCCAGUGAAUAGGUUAAAGGCCUAUAUAAAUCAAACAGAAUAUGCUGAAGCUUUGAGGAAAGGGUCAAAAAAUGGAGGGGUGUCAGCUAUCGUCGAUGAGAUUCCCUAUUUAAAUUAUUUCCUCUCCGACCGUCGAUACAUGAAAGAAUUUGAGAUGGUUAGUCGCAUCUACAGGACCCCUGGACUUGGUUUUGUGUUUCCUCUAGGUUCUCCACUGGUGCAUAAUCUCUCAAUUGCCAUCUUGGACCUGACAGGAGGCAACGAGGUCUCACAAAUUGAAGAGAAAUGGUUAGGCACGGCUGCACUAUCGGUGGGUGUUGGCAGUCCCAUUGCUGAUUCUGCGCCUCUCACCCUGCGAAGUUUCUCUGGCCUCUUUGUCAUCACCGGAUGUGUGUCAACUCUCAUGCUGUUGAUAAGGAUUGCCAGGUCGGUUUAUGCCAGGUACACCAGAAUGAAAGGCGCUGGUUUGCAAAAUGCCGACACAGAUGGUGGAGCUGCACGUCUCGGAGAACCUACUGCGCUGCGGGAUGACAUGGCCGACGGCUCUGUACCGGAUCAAAGCUACCAUGAAGUCAGGGAUGAGAAUUCUGUGGGUGCCUACGGGGGCGGCGGAAGCACUGGUGAUGAAGAGGCUGGUCAAAUCCAGGAUAGCAUGUACAACGGCUCUGUUCCUGAAGUUUCUGUCCAGAUCGAGAUGAGUAUUACAGGCCAUGGUGUUGGCAUGCGUCUGUCGGCUGCAAUUUGAAACUGUGGAUGCAAGUAACAGUUUUUUUUUGGGCAGAUAGUCACCAGUGUGCUGCAAAAUUUUGUGUCAUACUAUCGCCCAAACUCUGAAUAGACGUGUUAGUGACUGACGUGAAGACCUAUCAUUUGAAACUAUUGCUAUUUGAUGGUCUUUUUAGAAGCAAUAGAACCAGGAACAGAAUUUUUAGUCUGCACCUUGGAAAGUAACCACAUUGAUUUCCAGAAUUGUUCCUUUCAGACACUGUAAAAAGCACCAAAGUGAUCAAUGACUUAAACUUCCUGGAUGCU